GUUUGUUUCGUCGAAUCUACUUCAUUAAUAGCGAAGAAAGGAAAGGAAACAAGCCAAGGUUGUAGGGUAAGUCGACAAAAUAGAACUAUUAUUAAAAAAAGGAAAAACAUGGCUCGAUUACGAUCUCUUGUUGGUGCGGCUCUUUUUUUUAUGUUGUCCGUUUUCCUUUUGAUAUUGGCCUGCACGGCGGUAUCCCAAAGCAAUGCGUGGCCGCUUGUGUGCUUUUCCUUCUACUGUCUCGCCACGAUUCCAUUGUACCUUAGCAUGCAGCAGUCGGAGUUCCACACCAUAGAUUUCGAAGAGGGCUCUCUUAACACGCUGAGUUUGUUUCUUGGCGGGGUAUGCCUGAUUUCGGGGCCGGCGCUCACUUUGGUAUUAUACCACACCAACAAUAUCUCCAUAUCAGCGCUAAUUCUCACAUGGUGCAGUGGGAUGGCCUUUCUGUGCACGUGCAUGCUGAUAUUUGCUUCUGACACCGAUGAUAAUAAUGACUUCUAGUAGCGUUUAGAAAGUAUUGAAUCUUUAUAUAUAUAUAUAAAGAAGGCAAAUGGAAAAUUGUGAAUGGGCCCUGAUAGACUCAUAUCGAUAUCUGUAUGUCAAGAUAAAGAUAUGCAUGAAUGUGCACUUACGUAGGGUGGGAUCAUUACAAAGUCUAAAGAAAUUAGUACGUCUUUUAUACAUUGUGUGAUGAAAAGACUUGCAUGGGAUUAAAAAUACUUAGGUAUCAUGUUGAUUUCUGAAUUCUUUUCAGGGCUAUGCUUAGUGGUAUGCCGAAAUCCAUCUAAAAAUAUCGUAUAAAUAGGGAAAAAAUAUCCCUUCUUUUGAUAAACUCUUGAUGUAUGUGUGUACCACUAACAGUAUCGCACAAAAAUUUGCUUGUGUGUUCGGUCUCUAAUGACAAAACCCCCAA